CCGGGGAAGGGCAUCAGAACAGAGCCAGCGCUCGCAGGGAAGACCCAGUCAGCCAGUCAGUCUACAAGUCUACAGUCCUCCUCCACACAUCCAACCAACCAUCCAUCUAUCAGCCAUGGCACUGGACAGCGAAAACUCAAGUCAGGACAUGUUCGGCUACGAUCAGUACGAUCAGUUCGAGCAGUCGCUGGAGAUUGGUGGCGCCUCGGUGGUGCGUCGCAAUGCCCGGGAGCGCAACCGGGUCAAGCAGGUCAACAACGGCUUCAGCCAGCUCCGGCAGCACAUACCCGUGGCCGUCAUCGCUGACCUAAGCAACGGUCGGCGGGGCAUUGGUCCGGGUGCCAACAAGAAGCUGAGCAAAGUCUCGACACUGCGCAUGGCCGUCGAGUACAUCCGCCGUCUGCAGAAGGUCAUCGAUGAGAAUGACCACAAGCGGCAGGAGCGGCAGCAGCAUCCUUCACAUCAUCAUGUCCAGCAGCAGCAGCAACACAUGCUCUUCCAGCAGCAGAACUUGCAACUGCAACACCAACAGCAGCAGCAGCAGCAGCAGCACUUGUACGCCCUGCAGCAGCAAUUGCAGCUCAGCUCUCCCACCGGCAGCGUCAGCUCCUGCAACAGCAGCGACAGCAACAACAGCAGCAACAACAGCUCCUCCUAUUACAGUGCAGCAUCGGCGACAGCCGCAGCCGCAGCCAUGGCCACUUUGCUGCAGCCAACUGAAGUCACAACGAAGCUGGAGUCCAGCUACGAGGACUACCGCAACAACUCCUGCAGCUCCGGCACCGAGGAUGAGGACAUCCUCGACUACAUCUCGCUCUGGCAGGAUGACCUUUAAGCGGAUCCACCCAACGAUCCACCGCUAGUCGCAACCACACAACGAACCAUUGAUUGGCCCGCCAAGUAUUAUAUACCUCUCGCACCAGCAAAGUAUUCUAUUCUAUUCUACCCAGGCACAUUCGCAGCAUCCUUUUUUUUUGCCUGUACAAACUAGUCCGUAAGAGCGCUGCAUGUGCCUGGUUAUUAUAUAGUUUAUAAGACUGUUCCAACCCUAAGAUCUAGCUCAUAAUGGAAGACAAUUUACUUUUAAGAAUAUCUUUUUUUUUUUUAACAAACAAACAUG